AUGUCUUUUUUCCUUAUCCGUCCUCCAUGUGACUGUUGGGGUCCUCUCGGUGAAAUCAUGCAUCAAAUCUUCCGAGCGUUGACGUUGCUAUGCUGCCUUAACUUGGCUCAUCCCUUCUGUCCGUCCCAGUGCACUUGUGUUUUCCACGGACGUGGCGAGGGAACGGGAACCAGGUCCGUCCUUUGCAACGACCCAGACAUGUCCGAGAUCCCCGUCAACGUGCCGGUGGACACAAUCAAACUCAGAGUGGAGAAGACCGCCAUCCGCCGCGUACCAACGGAAGCGUUCUACUACCUGACAGAGCUCCGCUACUUGUGGAUCACGUACAACUCCAUCGCCUCGGUGGACACGGGGAGUUUCUACAACCUCAAAGUGCUCCACGAGCUGAGGCUGGACGGUAACGUGAUCGCCGUGUUUCCGUGGGAGUCUCUGAAGGAGAUGCCCAAUUUGAGAACCUUGGACUUGCACAACAACAGGCUCACCAGUGUUCCCCCGGAGGCCAUUCCCUACCUAGUGAAGAUUACGUACUUGGAUCUUUCCAGCAACAAAUUGGCCACAUUGCCCUCGGACCUCAUGGAUAUCUGGCCACCGUUUAACGGUGAGCCGGUCACGGCAAGUGCCUCCCAAAAGGUGGUACUGGGCCUCCAAGACAACCCUUGGUUCUGUGACUGCAAGAUCUCCAAGUUGAUCGAGAUCUCCAAAAUGGCAGACACACCGGUGGUUCUAAUGGACCUGUUCCUGACCUGCAGUGCGCCGGAGAACCUGUCCGGCGUCCUCUUUCAGCGUGCUGAACUCGACAAUUGCGUCAAACCCUCGGUCAUGACGUCGGCGACCAAGAUCACGUCUCCGCUCGGUAGCAACGUUCUUUUGCGAUGUGACGCCACUGGCUUCCCCACACCAAGCCUAUACUGGGCUAGGGCCGAUGGAUCCCUAGUAAACAACACGGUACAGGAGUCACCAGGGGAUGGCAUCCGAUGGUCCAUUAUGAGUCUGCAUGGGAUUCUACACAAGGACGCCGGGGACUACAACUGCAAAGCCAAGAAUGACGCCGGUGUAGCAGAAGCCUCCAUAUCCCUGUCGGUGGCCGGCACCAUGAGCACCACCAUCUCUCUGCUGAUGCCCAAUGUCAGAACCGGACCGACAGGCGCAGAUUGGAUAUACGACACCAGAUCGGACAUGUCCGUCUCAGCUUCAACCUUGUCCAUGGUCCAGGCAACCACAGUUGAGCUCCUUUCGAGGCCAAAAGUGACUCCCAAUGUCCAAAGGGGCUUGCUCAAGUCUGCAAAGAUCCAGAAGGGCGGCGGGGGGCGGAAGUUUGUGUCGGAUGAAAAAAGUAAAAAAAGUCACUUGUCAAAAUCAGUCAAAGACUUAGAGAUUGUGGAGGAAACAUCCGACAGUGCAGUUUUGAUCUGGAAGGUAGAGGGGCUACCGAAGGACUCUCCCCUCACUGUCGUUUAUUCGCCUUACGGCGAAGACGGUGAGGAUGACUACAAAAGAACAGUGGAGACUAAUGCAGGCAGUGGGAAAAUCCUGCUGGAAAAACUCUCCCCUGGUAUUAGGUACUCAGUUUGCCUCAUAGCUAAAGGUAGCGCCACCGCAAAAGACCCAUGCAUUGACUUUUACACGCUGGACAAUGUUGAGGAUGAUGGACAGAACCAGUUUUUCAUCAUUAUGAGCGUCAUUGCCUGUGCGUUGGCGUUGCCGCUUAUUGGCCUGCUGCUCUACAAGAUUCUCGCCCUCUACUGCAAGGCGAGCGAGGAGGCUCCGGACGAGGAGGAGCUGGGGAAAGAGAGCUACGUGAAGUUUGAGACCAUCACCAUGAAACAAAGGACUAUGAACCCUCACCCUACAGAGCUUUGGGCGAGGAGACCCACUCACGAGUCGGAAAGGUUGCUGCUGUGCUCUCGCUCGAGCAUCGACUCCCAGAUGACCUAUAAGAGUGACAGUUCCCGAUCAGAGUAUCUCUGCUGA